AGAGGCCUUUUUAGUCUCCGUCUGUGGCGACUCUAUGGUUGCUGGAGGCAGGGCGGGCUCUUCGAAGGCAGCGGCGGGAAGGGAGAAGCGGGUGGAGGGGCAGCGAGCAGCGAGCGAAGCAGCCAUGGCCAGAGUGUGGCAACAUCCGUACCUAAAUAUCUUCAAGCACUUCAAAGUUGAGGAAUGGAAAAGAUCCACCAAGGAGGGCGAUGUGACAACCUUUAUGGACAAGACUCUGAAAGGGACUGUGUACCGCAUCAGUGGUGCGGUUCCUGCCGGUAAUUACCUCCAGCUCCCUAAGACCAGUACACAGUCAUUGGGACUUACUGGUCGCUACCUCUACAUCCUCUUCAAGCCUACACCAACCAAAUAUUUUGUGGUGCACUUGGACGUUGCCACAGAGGACAGCCAGGUGGUUCGCAUCUCCUUUUCCAAUCUCUUUAAGGAGUUCAAGUCAACUGCCACGUGGCUGCAGUUUCCGUUUAUUUGUGGGGCAGCCAGAGGAUCAGUCUAUGAAAAUACAGCCAAGGCUUCCAAGCGAGACCUGGUGGGCCUGGCUCCCAGCAAUGUACGGUGGAUGUGCUUGAUGCUUGACCUCCGCUACAUUCUCUCCCUGUACUUGAACAGAAGCUACAGCCAUCUCAAGAGUGUCAAGCUUUGUUCCAACCUGCUGGUGAAAAACCUCUUCACUAGUGACUUGCUCUUUGAUCCAGGUGUGACAUUCUCCGAGGCUCAGCAGUCUAAAUUAGUGGUGCAGGGCGUCUCUCCCAUGCCACGAGAAAUGGCAUUCCCUGUGCCGAAAGGUGAAAAUUGGCAUGACCUCUAUGAUUAUGUUAGGUUUCCUUCUGAUGGAUCCAAGAUGCCAUUUGACUCUAUUCAGAAAGGCACUUUGAAUCCUGCUGCAGUUGCUCACAUAGAAGACAAUCCAGUUGGCCAGCUUCCAAAGGAAGUAUCUCUAAGCAAGCCUGUUCGGGACAGAGUGUCUCUCAUCCAACAGAUUACCAGUCCCAGGGAGAUGCCUCGGCAGUCUCCCCUUCUUACAAAGAGCAUCCCCAAGGUUCACCGGACAAUCUCUGCGCCUUCACAGGCAGUACACACUGUGGAGCAGUCCUGCUGGAGAGAAGGGCCACAGGCCAGAGGGGAUUCCUGUUUUCCAAAAUCUCGAGUGGGCGAUGGUAGCAUUCAUGUUUAUGCCCACAAAAAUGGGGAUGUUACUGUUCAUGCUGUCAGUGUAGAUUCUGAUGAGAACAUGUGUGCAGAAGUGACCGGACCAAAGGUGAUUUCCACCAAGAACUCUGUUCAUCACACGAAGCUCCUGCCAGAUCCAAUCCUGAAGCUGAAGAGAGUUAUCGGGUUUGGAGGAUGCAACACCAAAUGGGCUCUGUGGGCUGCAAAUGGAUCUGUGGUGGUUUACCCCUGUCAUGCUCUGAUCAUUGCAGUCGCACUAGACACAGGCAGGCAGAGGUUCUUUGCUGGCCACACCGAUAAGGUGGCGGCACUGGGGUUCAACGGCAACAGCACUUUGCUGGCCUCUGUGCAGAUCGGGCCGCUGAGUGUGAUGCGUCUCUGGGGCUUCCUGACGGGGAGGUGCCUCUGCAUGUUUAAAACAGGCAUGCGCUCGGUCUCUUGCCUCAGCUUUUCCUACAGUGGGGGUGUCCUGUGUGGCACGGGGAAAGACAAGCACGGGAAAACAGUGGUGGUGGUGUGGAACACCAUUCAGGUGAACCACGGGGGAGAGGUGGUGAUGCUUGCCAAAGCACACACGGAUGUGGAUAUCCAGGCCUUAAAGAUUGCAUUUUUUGAUGAUACCAGAAUGGUGUCGUGUGGCCGAGACAACGUGAGACUGUGGCGAGUCCGGAGUGGAGCAUUGCGCUCCUGCCCAGUAAAUUUGGGCGAAUGCCGUUCUAUGGAGUUCACAGACCUGGCCUUUGAGGCAGGUCACUCCACCCAGCGUGAGCCAGAAGACCGGACGCUGUUUGUUUGCAGUCGGAGUGGACAUGUUUUGGAAAUCGACUAUAAGAACGUCAGUGUCAGAAAUGUCCGGCGCCUUCUGCCGUCUGAAGUGCAACACUCUCACCGGCGGGAGAAGCAAACUUUUAACUCAGGCCCUGGGAUAGCACUCAGCAGUAUAUGUCUCUCUUCAAGUUUCUGUGCCACAGCUUCCGAAGAUGGCUACCUGCGCCUGUGGCCACUGGACUUCUCUGAAGUAUUAUUGGAGGCAGAGCAUGACAGCCCGGUGAUUUCGGUCCGCAUCAGGCCAGAUAACCUGAAGGUUUUGUGCACAACCGCCUCUGGGAACGUGGGCUGCCUAGACAUCCAGUCUAAGGACUACUGCACGAUCAUGCGCUCCCACAGGGAUUCUGUUUUGGCCUUCUCUGUGGAGGGAUCCCAGAAGCAGUUAGUAUCCGUAUCUCAGGAUAACACCAUUCGUGUCUGGAACAUUGAGUCUAUGCAACAGCUGUACGAAUUCACUGCCUCUGACGAAACACCGUGUGCUGUGUCUUUUCAUCCUUCGCAACAUAUCUUUGCUUGUGGGUUUGAUACUGGUGUGGUGAGAACCAUCAGCUUGGCUACCGCAAAACUACUCGAGGAACACAAGCAGCACCGUGGAUCAAUUACUGGCCUGACCUUCUCCCCAGAUGGGAAUUUCAUGUAUAGUUGCUGCAGCCAUGGGACCCUUGCUCUUUAUAGCUGUGCUAUCCAGAAAAGUCACAUUGUCAGAGUUCUGGCUAAUGUGGUGUCACAAGAUGCUGACCAUGCUCCUGAUGCGUUGUCAGUCAGUGGCGAUGGACGUCUCUUGGCCUUCGUGGGACCUUCCAAAUACAUUGUGACUCUCAUGGAUGCUCAUUCCCUAGACGAGCUGCUGAGAGUAGAUGUGAGCAUUUUGGACUUGGACAGCACUGCCCUGGACACAGCUGUGAGACUUUGCUUUGCACCUUUUCCUCUUGCUCACCUUUUGGUGACGACGUCCUCACAAAAGGUUCUGGUUCUUGAUGCCAAGUCUGGACGCUUGAUCAGAGCGGUCUCGCAAGUGCACAAACAGUCUUGUUCUUCAUUGGCCUUCAGUUCCGAUGCCCGAUACCUUCUCACCGCUGGUGAUCGGGUUGUCAAAGUGUGGGAUUAUGGGAUGAGAUUUGAUAUCAACUCCCAGGUGUUUAUUGGCCAUUCUCAGCCAAUACAGCAGGUGGGCUUCACCCCUGACCAAAAGCAAGUAAUCAGUGUUGGAGACGCCAUCUUCCUCUGGGAUUUCCUAGGUGUGUUUGCAGAGGAGUCCUUCAAGGAUGAAAUCCACUCAUCUGAGUCCUUGAAUUCUUCCGGAGGUGAAGUCAAUCUGGAAAAGUUACAAGACUUGACACCUGUGGCUAACGAUGUCCCCCGCCAGGUGGUUCCUCUGCCAACCAUCAUGUCCCCUCCGUGCCUGGAGCUCAGCUCUAUCCAACCAACGGGACAACACGAUAGUUUUUCUGAGUCUGAAGAAGACAAGGAAGCAUGUCUGAGAGGCAGCAGCAGAGAGGCUGUUAAUGGAGAUAAAGCCCACUCAGUUCUUCCUGUGAAAGGCGCUGUCCCUUGUGAAGAGCCUCCAGGUGUGAAACCUGCAGUCAUUCAGCCUUCUCCAAGACAGCGUGGCCAGGCAGGGAAUGAAUGCAGAAAGGAAACCAUAGGGUCCGAACCCCAGAACAACAUCCGCCCAGACUGCUACCGGCACUUCACCCCUCGUUUCAAAACAUCUGUGCCUCCCAAGGCAUUCUCUCCUCCUUUAACUGGUAAUGAGGGCCUGAAACUAAAAGCAAUCAUUGGCUACAACGGGAAUGGCCGGGGAAAUAUGGUCUGGAAUCCAGACACAGGUUUUUUUGCCUACAGCUGUGGCUGUGUGCUCAUUGUUGAAGACCUGCACUCUGGAUCCCAGCGGCAUUGGCUUGGCCACCCUGAAGAGAUUUCAACAUUAGCUGUUAGCCACGAUGCCCAGGUCCUUGCUUCUGCUUCCGGCCAGGGCAGUGGAGACUUGCGCUGCCAAAUUCGCAUCUGGGACAUUCAGAAUGGGGCCUGUCAAAAGGUCCUGCUCCAUCAUGAGACGCAAGUGCAAGCCAUGGCAUACUCUCGGGAUGACCGCCUCCUUGCUACUGUAGGGGACUAUGUUGAUCGAGGCAUUGCCCUGUGGAAUGCUCACACUUACGACUUGAUGUCAUCCACCCGCCUCUCUGAGCCAGUCCACGAAGUAGCUUUCAGUCCACUUUCCGUGGGACACCUUGCCUGUGUGGGGAGGGGAGCUGUGACCUUCUGGCUAACGGAGCAACAGGGAGCUGACAUCAGCCUCAAGGUUCACAGAGUCCCUGUCCCUGAUGCCAUUGGUCCAGUGGAAUUGACGUCACUGUGCUACAGUGCUGGAUGCAUUCUGUACACCGGGACCAGCACAGGACAGAUCUGCACAUGGGACACCGAGACCAAUCGCUGUUUCAUGACUUGGGAGGCUGUUGACGGGGAGAUUGGUGUGCUGCAGUGUCACAGAAACAGGCUCAUCAGUGGCAGCAACAGCAAGAGAAUCCAGCUGUGGUCAGUGGCGGCAGUUCAGGAGCUGAGAGUGAAAGGUUCCAAUGCCAGAUCUAGCUCAGUCCUCUUGGAACAAGAAAUGACCCUGGAUGGAACCAUCGUGAGUGCCACCUUUGACGACUGUAUGGACAUGGGAAUUGUUGGCACUACUGUGGGGACGUUGUGGUACGUCAACUGGGCAGACAACACCAGCAUCCGACUGAUCAGCGGGCACAAGAACAAGGUGAGUGAGGUGGCCUUCAGCCCUGGAGAGUCCCACUGUGCAACGUGUGGGGAGGAUGGCAGCGUGAGAGUUUGGUCCCUUGCUAGCAUGGAGCUGGUGGUCCAGUUUCAAGUGCUCAAUCAGAGUUCCCUCUGCCUGGCCUGGAGCCCGGUGCCCAUCUCCGUCAGUGGGGCAGAAAGCCAGCAUAUUGUGGCAGGCUAUAGCGAUGGCACCAUCCGUGUGUUCAGCAUUUCCCGGACAGAGAUGGAACUAAAAAUGCACCCUCACUCCGUUGCUGUAACCGGACUUGGAUACUCUGCAGACGGGGAAAUCAUCUUGUCUGGAGGCAAGGAUGGACUGAUGGCUGUCAGUAGUCCGCGCACAGGGAUGACCAUCCGUGUCCUGACUGACCACCGAUCAUCCCCUAUCAACAUUAUCCACUGCACAAGGAAACAGCACAUUGAACUUGGGGUUGAAGGUGAUGAUCUCUGGCUGGCUGCAAGUGCCGAUCGACGUGUCAGCAUCUGGGUCUCUGACUGGAUGAAGGACAAAUGUGAGCUCAUAGAUUGGCUAAGCUUCCCAGCUCCUACAGGUCCUGAGGUCCCCAACCCUCUGCCUCCCAGCCUGGCGGCGUUUUGCCCUUGGGACAAAAGCACUGUUGUUUACGCGGGCUUUGGCUUGCAGAAGGAGAUCCUCUUCUACAGCCUGCAACAGAAACAGGUGGUUGAGAAGGUUCCCUUGCCGUACUUUGCCACGUCGCUGAGCUUAUCUCCUGCGGCCUGCAUGAUAGCCGUUGGCUUCAGUGAGCGCAUCCUGAGGCUGAUGGACCACGCAAAGAAGACAGAAGAAGAUUACAGGGGCCACGACGAUGCGGUUUGCCUCUGCCGGUUUACCCCGUCUGGGAAACGCCUCUUCACCACUUCCUAUAACGAGAUCCUCAUGUGGGAGGUCCAGGGCAGAUGAACCGAGAGAGCAGUGAUUUCCAUCCCCACCUCCACCAGCUGUGCAAGCUACCCUGGCCUGGAGCCAGGCAGAAGGAUGCAAACGCGGUUGCUGCCUUGCAGCACUGAAAACUCGCCAUCCCACCCGGUUGCUAUGCCCCAGCUCCAGCUCCGUUUCCGAGUUCAGCAGCCAAAACCUCAGAUUCUUGGCAGUGCCCAGGAGUGGCACAGGUGCCCACGUUGGAACAGUCAGGCUGGGGCCAGGCAGAGCAGCUCCAUGACCUUUCAUUCCAGUCAUUCCAGGUAGAAAUGGCCAGCGGCAUGGAGAUCAGCCAGAACCUGCAGGGACUGGGUGCAGAAAUCUUCCCUCCUAUUUGCCAUUCUGGCUUCCAAGCCCCUUACCUGCAAGUUGCCACUUGCGGGUGGGGAGGGAGGAAGAGGCAGAAAAUACAAAGAAUCUCUUCCCUGUAUUUUCUCCGAAAGUCUCAUUUGUGUCCUUUUUCAGCUCAGCAGGAUAGCUAGCUUGAUGAAAGCUCCUGAAAUUUGGGACAAACAAACUACUUCUGUUUGUGGCUCCACCUCCUCCAGCUCUUGCUCGUCAAAGGGACCUAUUGGUGAUCUCUUGUCUGGGGAACCCCCAAAUCCUGAAGCCAGCCCUGGCUGAGAUUCUUAGGCAGUUGCAGAGUGUUACCUGGAUUUCAUGGGGACGGCUUGCACUUCUUACCCCUAGCCCCCAGAUGCAAUGGCAUAAAUGCAGGUAACUGAUAACAGCGCUUUGCUGCCACUUCUGAAACAGGCAGGGGAUAUCCUCAGCCGCCUUUUCUAAACAGUAAGAUUCCAGGACUGACUGGCCAAGCCAUUCAGGACCAGGCUCCCAUAUGCCAUCAUUUCCAUGCUUCUCUGAUUACUUGGGGAUUGAAGGACAGGCGGUUGUCACCGUUGACCGUCCCACAGAAGUAUCCCAACCCCUCAUGAAGAAGAGCAACAGGAAAUGAUGGUCAUUUAGAUGCUCUUCUGGAAUGCCACUUGCACAAUGGUGGGGAAAAAAGAGAUUUUGUUCUAUUUUUAUUACAUGUUAGUUGCGGCGAAUGCCUUGAUUCUGAGCAUUACAAAUGUGUGUGUGUGUGAGUACAUUUAAUAUAUUUUUUCCUGAUUCAUUCAUCCUUGCUAGUACUAAGUUUUGAUUUUAUGGUUGUGUCUUUGCUCAAUUUUCUGUUGAUGGUAUGAGAGCCAGAAGAUAUUCCAGCGCCCCCCCCCAUUUGCUGUAUUAUCGCAGCAGUGGCAUAACAUUAUAUAAAAUCACAAGAAAGGAAAAAAUAACCAUGUUCAGUAGACAAUCACUGAGCAUACAUUUUAUGAGCACAAAUCCCCCCCCCUUUUUUUAGAGAGAGAAUAUUUUUAAAGGAUAUUAUCAGAAAUAUUUUAGAGUGUUUUAUUUUCAAAUUUUGAAACUAUGUUCUAUUUCAUGUCUUUUAGAAUCCACUGAUGACUAGGCACUAGUUUCCUUUUGAGGCACAGAGCUGAUAGAAGGAAAAUUGCUCAUAAACCAGCAGUGGAAUAAUUCUGUCUUAAGCUUGGCCUGUAAUAACAACAUACAGCUAUAGUUUUUGUUUGUAAUUUAUAGUAAGAUUGAAGGAGGCAAAAGCUGAUUCACUGGUGUUUUUCAUUUUUUA